GUGCUCGGCUCUGGCUGUGAAACACAGAGGCGCGGAGCUGGGAGUACACUCUCUCCCCCCCCCGCCCCAAGGGAAUGUAAAACUUUUAGACUGAAAUCACACGCACAACGCGGCGCCAGCGUGCCCAAAAACUGAAUUUAUAGUCCGGUUUCUUAUGGAAGCUGAUGGAUUUGUGAGGAAACGUCGGAUGACAGCGGAGACCACAGGCAAUGAUUCCGGAGUUGCUGGUGCCUCUGCCGGGGCAGAAGUUCGAUGGAUUGGGGGAAGAUUUUGGGGAGUUUCGGAAAGUAUUGUGGAAAGUCUGACACCCCCGUGUUUAAGCGAUACGGAAUUGCAGACUAUUGAUUUUAGCCGUACUGCACAGGAGCAAACGGAGGACUGUGAAGUGGAGUAUGAGUGUUUACCACAGGGAGCUUCUACUAGCACCCACAUGUUGGCUGGAGCUGUGGCUGGAAUCAUGGAGCACUGCCUCAUGUUCCCCAUCGACUGUGUCAAGACACGAAUGCAGAGCCUCCAGCCUGAGCCUGCCGCCCGCUAUAGGAACGUGCUGGACGCUCUUCGCCGAAUUGUAGCCACAGAGGGAGUUUGGCGGCCAAUGAGGGGGCUGAAUGCAACAGCUGUUGGCGCGGGUCCUGCCCAUGCCCUGUAUUUUGCCUGCUAUGAGAAACUCAAAAAGACUUUAAGUGAUGUCGUUCAACCAGGCGCUAACAGUCAUUUUGCUAAUGGAACAGCUGGGUGUGUAGCCACACUGCUUCAUGACGCAGCCAUGAACCCAGCUGAGGUUGUGAAGCAGCGCAUGCAGAUGUACAAUUCCCCAUACCGCGGCGUGAUGGACUGUGUACGCGCUGUGUGGCAGAAAGAGGGCACUGCAGCAUUCUACCGCAGCUACACCACCCAGCUCACCAUGAACGUGCCCUUCCAGGCACUCCACUUCAUGACCUACGAGCACCUUCAGGAACUGCUCAACCCCCAGAGACAUUACAAUCCCUCGUCACACAUGUUGUCCGGAGCUUUGGCCGGUGCUGUCGCGGCUGCAGCCACCACACCUCUGGACGUCUGCAAAACCCUGCUCAACACCCAGGAGUUCCAGACGCUCUCCUCCCAGUCCUCCAGCAAAGGCCAGGGAGCCCACAGACAUAUCUCAGGCCUUGCCCAUGCCUUCCGGACAGUUUACAGGCUGGGCGGCCUGCAGGGCUUCUUUAAGGGAGUCCAGGCAAGGGUCAUCUACCAGAUGCCCUCCACAGCCAUCAGCUGGUCAGUCUACGAGUUCUUCAAGUACGCACUCACAAAGCACCAGCACAACAAGAGGAGGCCACAGCACAUGGAGACAUAGAUGUAGACAGGUUAGCGUGGGCUAGUGGCCUCGGUUAAUGCUGUUCCUCUUUAAGAAGAACACAAAGUUAAUGCGCACACAGAAUCUGACCAGUCACCACCUCAGCUUUCUUCUUCCUUUCAGACACAACAUAAGGAAGACAUCUUCUAAUGGUGUUCGGUUUGCUUAAUUCUUCCAACACUCUUGCAAGCCAAGGCACAGUUUGAGGUUUUUAUUCUUAAACAAAUUUGAAUACACACAUUCAUUUGGAAUGGUAGUCAACAGAGGGCAGUAUUGUUACUUUAACUGUCUUGUUGGUUUUAUUGUAUUUGGCACUCUUCCAGGCUUUUGAGUUUACAAAAGAAAAAAAAUUGUCUCCAGUUACAGACCCCUGUGUGAAAGAUGGAAUUCACCACUGAUUUCACAGAUGAAUAAGCCAUGUAUCCUGUUUUGUUUUGUUUUUUCCUUUGACUUUCUAUUUAUAGAAGGGAAAUGUAAUUUAAAUAGUUCUUUGACGUUCAUCACUUACAAAUUAAGGUUAGGAUUUUGUUUUUCCAGAAAUAUAAUUGGAGAGGAAUGCAACAUUUACUGUUGUAACUGAUAGGUUUUAUUUUUAAUUUGAUUCAUUGUCUGGCAUUUUAUUUCCAGUAAACAUUAUUUUUAUUAUCUUUAUGGUCCUGUACCCUUGAAUUUUCCAAUUACUCACCAUUAAUGCCUUGUUCAUCCUUUUGGCGGUACAUGCCCAGUACUUUGAUUUCAGUAUCAGCCUUAUUGGUCGUCGUGGGAACUACUGAUGUUCAACACAUGCACUUGAUUGCAAAUAAUAUACAAAUUGCCUAACAAAGAAUUUGAGGCAUUUUGUCUGUGCCCCUGUUGUCAAGUGCACAAAUGGAAGCUGCCGUUCUUAUUGUUGGAUGUCUGAUCGUUUCAAACUAUGAAUUGCACUUGCUGAAUAAAUACUGAGCAGUGGGCUUCCAAUCACUGCUCAUAAAUGCUAGAA